AUGACCUAUGCUUUCGCAUCCACAACUUUCGAUGGGCCGCUUGAUAUUAGCAACUCUGAACCGGCCGUUCUCCCUCAGUUUGUCAGGCAAGCCCGUACGAAUGGCGUCAAGGCGCUUGUUUCUCUGGGAGGCUGGACAGGUUCCCGAGGGUUCUCUGUCAACGUUGGCUCGGCAGAGAACAGGACUACCUUCGUGAAGACGGUCACCGACUUCGCACUCAAAUACCGCCUGGAUGGGCUCGAUUUUGACUGGGAAUACCCCAACAGCGGGGGGAUUGGCUGUAACUCAAUCAACGCCAACGAUACGGAUAACUUCCUUUCCUUCCUGCAGGAGCUCCGUCAACAUCCUGUUGGCAAGAGAUUACUGCUGACCGCAGCGGUUGCAACGGUGCCUUUCAUUGGCGCCGAAGGCAAUUCCCUCGCCGAUGUCUCUGGUUUUGCCAGCGUCCUCGACUUUAUUGCCAUUAUGAACUACGACCUCUGGGGCCCCUGGAGCGCAACCGUCGGACCCAACGCUCCUAUCGAUGAUUCGUGCGCAGCGCCUGAGAAUCAAGUCGGUUCAGCGACCUCUGGCAUCAGGCGAUGGGCUCAAGCUGGUAUCCCCGCUAGUCAGCUCGUCUUGGCUGUCCCAGCCUAUGGCCACUCGUUCCGCGUCCGCAAGGCGAACGCCUUCGUCGAAGGCUCGACAACUGAGCUUGCACCUCACCCCGUGUUCGACAACAGCGACCGCCCAACCGGCGAUUCUUGGGAUGAUGGCCCUGGUGUAGAUGUCUGCGGCAAUGCUCAGUUGCCAGGAGGCAACAUUAACUUCUGGGGUAUGGUCGAGCAUGGCUUCCUCAAUGCUGACGGCACACCCACAGAGGCAGCUCCCUUCAGGUACGAUGAGUGCAGCCAAACAGCUUACAGUUACAACGCAGCGACCGAGAUCAUGGUUUCCUUCGACGACGCACAGUCCUUCGCUGCCAAAGGGAAUUUCAUCAAGGCCAACGAGUUGAGAGGUUUUGCCAUAUGGCAAGCUGGAGGAGACUACAAUGAUAUUUUGCUCGACGCCAUCAAGUCUACGAUGGGAAACUAA